UCCCUUUGAGAUUCCCCCCCUCUCCCAAAAUAAUUCGUCACACGUAAACACUCCCUCCGCCUUCCCUCCUUCUUCCACCGCACACCUUUUUCUACUCUUCAACAACAAAACAAAGCCGCGUCAACUUUCUCACCACUUCGUUGCGCGCCUUUCGCAGUAUCCAUUUCCGCCUUCUUUAAUCUUCUUCCAAAUCACAUCAACCUACCCUCAUCACCUCAAUCCACGAGUUCAACAUGUCUGGCGAUCGUGAAAGCAAGACCUUCCUCGCUCGCCUUUGCGAGCAGGCCGAGCGCUACGAUGAAAUGGUUGGCUACAUGAAGGAGGUCGCCAAGCUGGGCGGUGAGCUGAGCGUCGAUGAGCGCAACCUCCUCAGCGUUGCCUACAAGAACGUCGUCGGUACCCGCCGUGCCUCCUGGCGCAUCAUCUCCUCCAUUGAGCAGAAGGAGGAGAGCAAGGGCACCGACAAGCACGUCGGCACCAUCCGCGAGUACCGCACCAAGAUCGAGCUCGAGCUUGAGCAGGUCUGCCAGGAUGUCCUCGAUGUCCUCGACGACAGCCUUAUCCCCAACGCCCAGACCGGCGAGUCCAAGGUCUUCUACCACAAGAUGAAGGGUGACUACCACCGCUACCUCGCUGAGUUCGCCUCUGGCGACAAGCGCAAGGGUGCCGCUACCGCUGCCCACGAUGCUUACAAGAGCGCCACCGAUGUCGCUCAGACCGAGCUGACCCCCACUCACCCCAUCCGCCUUGGCCUGGCCCUCAACUUCUCCGUCUUCUACUACGAGAUCCUGAACUCGCCCGACCGUGCUUGCCACCUCGCCAAGCAGGCCUUCGACGAUGCUAUCGCUGAGCUCGACUCUCUCUCCGAGGAGUCUUACCGCGACAGCACUCUCAUCAUGCAGCUCCUGCGUGACAACCUCACUCUCUGGACCUCUUCCGACAGCGGCGAUGCUGAGGGUGCUGCCGCCGGCACCACCGAGGCUGCUGAGGAGAAGAAGGAGGAGCCCAAGGCCGAGGAGCCCAAGGCCGAGGAGCCCAAGGCCGCCGAGGAGACCCCCGCUGCCUCCUAAAUUCUUGUCUUACCCUGAUACCACUCCAUCUCGGCUCGCGACGAGGCUGAGAUGGCUUGUCUGCUCGGCCGUCGGUAUGCGCUAUAUGCGGACCUUCUGGCGG